AUGUCAGUUACUACGAAAGAUACCGUCGUUCUUGGAGUGCCAAUUGUGGUUCGGGAAGGAGUUCUAUUAAAAUCAUCUCAAUCUAUCUAUCUAUCUAUCUAUCUAUCUAUCUAUCUAUCAUUAUGUUCAUAUCCAUCUAUCUAUCAAUCUAAUUCAGACUGUUCAUAUCUAUCAUUAAUUCUGUUUAUAUGUAUCUAUCUAUCUAUCUACCAUCAUGUUCAUAUCUAUCUAUCUCAAUGUGUUCAUAUCUAUUUAUCUAUCUAUCUAUCUAUCUAUCUAUCUAUCUAUCUAUCUCAGCAAUCACAGUUUGUUCAUAUCUAUUUCAGUCUAUUAAAAUCAUCUCAAUCUGUUAAUAUCUAUCUAUCUAUCUAUCUAUUUCAGUCUGUUCAUAUCUAUCUAUCUAUCUAUCUAUCUAUCUAUCAUUAUGUUCAUAUCCAUCUAUCUAUCAAUCUAAUUCAGACUGUUCAUAUCUAUCAUUAA